AUGUCAUCGGGAGGUGCCGGAGAGUACAACGAGGACAGGCACCUGCUGCGAUCCACCGACGGCGAUGAAGUCGGAAUUGGGGGAGGAGACGGUGACCUCGAUGUUGAAUCUCAGUCUCUGGCUAUCAGGAGUGGAACUGGAGGAGUUAGAGAUCUGUUCAAGCAUCUGGAUCGGAGGUUCUCUCUCUCUGGGCGUCGUCUAAGCAUUAAACGGAUGGAGAACAUCAGAGUUGAUAGGGAGCACCACCAUCCUUCUUCUUCUUCCCCGCUUUCGGCUGGUGUGGUUUCUAGAGACGAAGAUGGCGGUGGUAUCAGUAAUUUACAUAGCGUCGAUGAUCGGAACGAUGAGUACGGCUUUGAUGAAGGCAACGACGUGCUCGGAGAUAGUGCUCCACCUGAGUGGGCUCUGCUUCUCAUCGGCUGUCUUAUCGGAGUUGCCGCCGGAAUUUGUGUCGCCGGCUUCAAUAAAGGGGUUCAUGUCAUUCAUGAGUGGGCAUGGGCUGGUACUCCCAACGAGGGUGCUGCUUGGCUUCGCCUACAGAGACUAGCCGACACUUGGCACCGGAUUCUUCUAAUUCCGGUCACAGGGGGUGUUAUAGUAGGAAUGAUGCAUGGUUUGCUCGAGAUCCUAGACCAAAUCAGGCAGUCCACUUCUUCUCAAAGACAAGGAGUCGAUUUUCUUGCUGGUAUAUUCCCAGUGAUAAAGGCCAUCCAAGCUGCUGUGACCCUUGGUACAGGAUGUUCACUCGGUCCCGAGGGACCUAGCGUCGACAUUGGAAAGUCCUGCGCCAACGGUUUUGCGCUCAUGAUGGAAAACAACAGAGAAAGGAGAAUAGCUCUCACUGCAGCUGGCGCGGCCUCUGGGAUUGCAUCUGGUUUCAAUGCAGCAGUGGCGGGUUGUUUCUUUGCUAUUGAGACUGUUUUAAGACCACUACGUGCCGAGAACUCCCCUCCAUUUACCACUGCGAUGAUAAUUUUGGCCUCUGUUAUAUCAUCGACUGUGUCAAAUGCGUUGCUUGGGACUCAAUCAGCUUUCACAGUCCCCUCAUACGACCUGAAGUCCGCUGCAGAGCUCCCUCUGUACCUGAUAUUAGGAAUGCUUUGCGGUGCUGUUAGCGUUGUUUUCUCUCGGCUUGUUACGUGGUUUACCAAGUCCUUCGAUUUCAUCAAAGACAAAUUUGGUCUUCCUGCUAUUGUGUGCCCUGCGUUAGGUGGUUUAGGCGCUGGGAUGAUUGCUCUCAAGUACCCCGGAAUUUUGUACUGGGGUUUUACAAAUGUUGAGGAAAUCCUGCAUACUGGAAAGAGUGCUUCAGCUCCUGGAAUCUGGUUAUUAGCUCAGUUAGCCGCAGCCAAAGUUGUGGCUACGGCUUUGUGCAAAGGCUCUGGGCUUGUAGGCGGUCUAUACGCGCCAAGUUUGAUGAUUGGUGCUGCUGUUGGGGCUGUGUUUGGAGGUUCGGCUGCUGAGAUUAUUAACAGAGCUAUUCCUGGUAAUGCUGCUGUGGCUCAACCACAAGCUUACGCUCUGGUUGGGAUGGCAGCGACACUCGCUUCCAUGUGCUCAGUGCCCUUAACAUCAGUAUUACUGCUGUUCGAGCUAACAAAAGAUUAUAGAAUUUUGCUUCCCCUCAUGGGAGCGGUUGGUUUAGCAAUAUGGGUUCCCUCUGUGGUAAACCAAGGCAAAGAAAGUGAUUCAUCUGAGGGUCGCAACACAGGAAGAGGAUACUCUUCUCUUUCGCCUUCCGAUCGUAAAACCGAAGGUGUUUGGAGACACACGGAUAAUGCUGACUCCCUUGAGCUUACCGUCAUAGAGAACCCUGACCACAAAUCCUAUUUGGAUGAAGAAACUAUUCUGGAAGAUUUAAAGGUUUUGCGGGUAAUGUCAAAGAACUACGUGAAGGUCUCUCUGGGAACAACUCUAAGAGAAGCAAGAAACAUCCUUAAAGACAGCCACCAGAGCUGCCUUAUGGUGGUAGACGAGGAUGAUCUUUUAGCCGGAAUCCUAACACAUGGGGACAUCAGACGAUACUUGUCCAAUAACGUCUCGACAAUCUUAGAUGAGAAUACAUGUCCGGUUUCGUCCGUGUGUACACGGAAGAUAACUUACCGAGGUCAAGAACGCGGUUUGCUUACUUGUUAUCCAGACGCGACUGUUGGUGUGGCCAAAGAGUUGAUGGAGGCAAGAGGCGUGAAGCAAUUACCUGUGGUAAGACGAGGUGAAGUAAUUCACAAAGGGAAACAAAGGAAACUGCUUGGCCUUCUUCAUUACGACUCCAUCUGGACUUUUCUCAGAGAUGAAAUGAGUCGUAGGAAAUCGAUCAAUGAACGGAGAAAAGAGAAGUACGAAGAGGUUGGUGCAAAUGGGCAUUAA